AAGACUGUCCUCCCACUCUCUAUUUGCAAUCCCUCUGUAAAUACAUUCAUACCCUGCUAUUCAUUGAGAAAUGGAAAAAAAUGACUCCAGCCUCACUGCAAUAAUUCUAUCUGAACUGGAUCAGAAGAAUGAAUGUGUCUUCAGAGAAAUCCAGGGAAAGAGUGUUGGUGUUACAAAGAGAAUGACCCGGGCCCCGCUGGUUGUGCUCUGCCUCAUCCUGCUGUGUGGCCUCAUUGCUCUGGGAGUGCUCUAUUCGCUGAAGGUCCAGCACUCCUCUGCCUCCCUGUGCUCUUUGGAACCACACAUAGCAGAGAAACACACACAAAUGUCAGAUUUUCUCAAGGCUCAGAACAGGAAUCUUUCUGCCUCCUUGUCAUCUCUACAACAGAAACUAGCAGAUAAACACAUCAUUUCAGAAUCCCUGGAGGCUCAGAACAAAAACCUUUCUGCGUCUCUUUUUUCUGUGGAGCAGAAACUAACAGAAAAAAAUAGUGUUGCAAAUUCCCUGGAGGUCCGGAACAGGAACAUCUCUGCCUCUCUCUCCUCUCUGCAACAGAAACUAGCAGACGAAUACAUCAUUGCAGAAUCCCUGGAGGCUCAGAACAGGAAUCUUUCUGCAUCCUUGUCCUCUGUACAACAGAAACUAGCAGACAAACACAUCAUUGCAGAAUCCCUGGAGGCUCAGAACAAGAACCUCUCUGCAUCUCUUUUUUCUGUGGAGCAGAAACUAACUGAAAAAAAUAGUGUUGCAAAUUCCCUGGAGGUCCGGAACAGGAACAUCUCUGCCUCUCUCUCCUCUCUGCAACAGAAACUAGCAGACGAAUACAUCAUUGCAGAAUCCCUGGAGGCUCAGAACAAGAACCUCUCUGCAUCGCUUUUUUCUGUGGAGCAGAAACUAACUGAAAAAAAUAGUGUUGCAAAUUCCCUGGAGGUCCGGAACAGGAACAUCUCUGCCUCUCUCUCCUCUCUCUCCUCUCUGCAACAGAAACUAGCAGACGAAUACAUCAUUGCAAAAUCCCUGGAGACUCAGAACAGGAAUCUUUCUGCCUCCUUGUCCUCUGUACAACAGAAACUAGCAGAGAAACACAUCAUUGCAGAAUCCCUGGAGGCUCAGAACAAGAACCUCUCUGCAUCUCUUUUUUCUGUGGAGCAGAAACUAUCUGAAAAAAAUAGUGUUGCAAAUUCCCUGGAGGUCCGGAACAGGAACAUCUCUGCCUCUGUCUCCUCUCUGCAACAGAAACUAGCAGACGAAUACAUCAUUGCAAAAUCCCUGGAGACUCAGAACAGGAAUCUUUCUGCCUCCUUGUCCUCUGUACAACAGAAACUAGCAGACAAACACAUCAUUGCAGAAUCCCUGGAGGCUCAGAACAAGAACCUCUCUGCAUCUCUUUUUUCUGUGGAGGAGAAACUAACUGAAAAAAAUAGUGUUGCAAAUUCCCUGGAGGUCCGGAACAGGAACAUCUCAGCCUCUCUCUCCUCUCUGCAACAGAAACUAGCAGCAGACGAAUGCAUCAUUGCCAAAUCCCUGGAGACUCAGAACAGGAAUCUUUCUGCCUUCUUGUCCUCUGUACAACAGAAACUAGCAGACAAACACAUCAUUGCAGAAUCCCUGGAGGCUCAGAACAAGAACCUCUCUGCAUCUCUUUUUUCUGUGGAGGAGAAACUAACUGAAAAAAAUAGUGUUGCAAAUUCCCUGGAGGUCCGGAACAGGAACAUCUCAGCCUCUCUCUCCUCUCUGCAACAGAAACUAGCAGCAGACGAAUGCAUCAUUGCCAAAUCCCUGGAGACUCAGAACAGGAAUCUUUCUGCCUUCUUGUCCUCUGUACAACAGAAACUAGCAGACAAACACAUCAUUGCAGAAUCCCUGGAGGCUCAGAACAAGAACCUCUCUGCAUCUCUUUUUUCUGUGGAGCAGAAACUAACUGAAAAAAAUAGUGUUGCAAAUUCCCUGGAGGUCCGGAACAGGAACAUCUCUGCCUCUCUCUCCUCUCUGCAACAGAAACUAGCAGGAACUGAGAGACAGUUGCAGGAACUUCAGGCCAAUCACAGUGAUCUACUGAAAACUUGCAAGGCAAAUAGAGAGUGCGACAGUGGCUGGAGGAAUCAUCUGGGACAGUGCUACUUAUUUUCCACUGAGAAAUUGAAUUGGAUGCGAAGUCGUGAUUAUUGCAUCUCAAAGGGGGCUAAACUGGUCAUUAUCAACUUUGAGCAGGAACAGGCAUUUGUGUCAUCCAGCAUUAGUGAGACACACUGGAUUGGGCUGAGUGAUCUGGGAACUGAAGGACAAUGGCGCUGGGUAGACAAUACACCACUCAGUCAGACAAAAAUACAGUCUUGGUACAGAAGGGAAAAUGGGAAGCAUGAGCCUGAUAAUUGGACUGGGGGUGGAGAUCGAAAUGGAGAGGACUGUGCAGCCAUUGGAGAUGAACAAGGAGCACUUUCCCAAUGGUUUGAUGCGUCUUGCACUAAACAAAAAAGAUUUGUGUGUAAAAAGUGACUUUCACAUUCUUCUGUGCAAUGGAGACAGAAGUAACAUCUUUCACCAUUUUGCUGUACCUGUAUUUGCAUUUGUGAUCAAAGUUUGGGGCCUAAUGACAAACAUGUGCUGAAAGCUUACUGUUUAUUUGCAAUGAUUUGCUAUUUCUCCGCAUAAAUGAAGCUGUAUUUUUGCCAGGAAAUAUAAGACAUUUUGGGGGGUGAUUUUCAAAAGCCGAACUGCUAUUUGGAUUCCAGGAAGCACCUCCUGUGCUUCCAUAUUCUCUGGAUUAUGUGUGAGGAUGUAAUAUGUCUGUUGCUUCACUCAUAAAGACAUAGACGCUGCCAGAUUUACAUUUAGGACAUGCAUGAGGUAACUUUCUCACAGUUGGUUAAACAAACUACUUUGACUUUGUGAGACUUUACAUGUUACCAGCGAUCCAUGGAACGUGUGUGACUAGAAAGGGCACAAUGGCUUGCCCCAUCACCAAAUGCAGAUACUUUAUUUGCAGUAAUUACUUUUGAUUUAUUUCCACUUGACUGCAUGCAGAUAGAUCUGCCAGAAAACUAUGUGAUUGUGAUAUUUUAUAAUGGUAAUGUUCUGCAGACAUUUCCCAUUGCAUUAUAUGCUAUUCAUACUCUUCAUUAAAAAAAUGUUUUAUCCUUUGA